UCCAUCUUUGUCUUCCACAAUGCUUAUCAUUUCCUUUUCUGUUUUUGUGCUCGCCGGAGAUGCAGGGCGAGAUAUGCCGGAAAAUAUGCCGGAAAAACUGCCGAUGCCGAACACGAAAUUGAGCAAUGAUGCUAGGCUUGGAGAGUAUAUUCAAGUGGCAACUUUAAUGGGUUCUUUGACUCAAACAAGUUGGUCCGGUGACUGUUUUCAGAACAACACUGGUUGGUUGGCAGAACAUUUAGAGUCUUCCACCAUGUCGAUUAUGAUUGAGACUAAUAAUGAGGAAAACUGGAGCUGUACAGAAACUUAUGAAUUUAUGGUAGGAAGUGAAAUCAUGGCAUCGGGAAAUUUUAAUGUCUCUGAAACGAAUCCACAUGAAAUAAUGUUCAAUCCUACACCUGAACAAAUGCGGGAAAUACGUGAAAACGGAGUUGCCGUUUACCAACAAAGACAGUCUGAGAUUAAAGACAAAAAAAGUGGACAUAACCUUCUGAAAGAGGUGGUGGAGAUGAUCAUAUAAAUGAUAAAUCGAUCGGCCGGCCAGCUUAAUAGUCAGUUUGCUAGCUUUUCAUCGUUGUUUGCAGUUAUCAGUUGUCACUAUUGUCUAAAUAAAACAAAAUGCAUGCGUGUUUAUAUUCUAAAC